UCGGCGCGCAUGUGUACAUUGUGUACGCGCAGUACGACGACGGGUGUCUCAUCGUUACGUACGUCGGUGGUACCGUGAAUCGGGUGACGCGUUCCUACGUGUUUCGUCUAAACGACGGCAAGGAGAGUCAGAUCAUCGACCGUUCAUAGUCCACGGCGUCGAGGAAGGUAUCCGUCGAAGAGGAAGGGAUCCUCCGCGACGUCGCCACGCGACGGAAAUAACACCGUCGCAGGGAGCUCACGAAGGAGAGGGAACGGGAGAGAAAGAGGGAGAGAGAGAGAGAGAGAGAGAGAGAGAGAGAGAAAGGAUUGGAGACGCAACUCACGCAACUCAAGGAGCGCGAAACAUCUGAUUGUUUGACGCGAACGCGUGAGUUCCGUAGUCGACAACCUCAUCGGGGAGCGGUCGGAGUCGGUGGGUCCUUGCAGCGUGAGAGGUUAGGUGGAAUGUCCGAGAGCGACAUCGUCGUCUAGGGUAAAUACGCGUGAGGAUAUGUAGAGACACGAUGAUCUUUGACAUUCCGAGUGCGCAAGCCUGCAGAAGAGACGAAUUGUGGAACCUGAGAGGCAAGAAUCGUCAAUGCUUAGUGCAAUAAAACGUGCAUCUUGAUGAAGAGAUGCUCGUUGCUACGGCAUGUUAAACUACCAAAGAUUGUGCGGUGCUAGGUUGUUGUAUUUACGCGAACUCUUGUUGCAAUUGUAUUGAGGUGUUAGGCUAAAGAGUGGAAUGAGUUACAGCAAUUUCGGCCGAGGAAGGGGCUACCCGCAGGGUACACGUGCCGCGCAUCGCUUCGGUAGGCCCCGAUUUCCACGUCCGCCCUUUCGACAUGCAGUACCUCUACCGAGGCCAGGACAUCCCGCGCAAUUCGGUGCGCCCUGGCAGCCGAGCAAUAUGUUUUUUCAGCCCCAUACGCUGUUACGUGGCAGCCCGCCCUUUAGAGCAGACGGUAGGCGAAGGAGAUUCUGUAAUUAUGACGUUCGAUUCCCCGCCCCUAAUAGAUUGCCCGUACCUCCGAAUUUCGAGGAGACUCCCGUGUUGCCGGAAGAGCCGAUUAUGCAGGAGAUUAAUACAAUUGAAACUGUGCCACAACUUCCUUUGCUUGGCUCAGAAGAGGAGCGGCAACAGAAAAUAAUUGAAACAGCGGAUCGAUUGAAGCAGAAACUCUCUUCUUUUAACACCGAUGACAUCCCAGAUAUUUGGAAUGAAGAUAUACCAUCUAACAUUAUUCAGGACAAUACAGAGGAUAAUUCCCAGAGACGUAUUCCUGUAGUAGGAUACAAAUCAUCUGAGAUCACUUUGACGUACAAUGAUCUAAAGGACAUUGGAAAAAUAAAUCCUGAUAAUACACAAUAUAUUGCGAAUGAAUUCGAUAUUACUAAUACAGAUAUUAUUAAUAAUACAGAUAGCGAUGUAAUAUUAGACGAGAACAAAGAUGAAACUCAUUUAAUAAUACCUAACGAUCAAAUGACAAAUCUGGAAAAUAUACCAGAUGAUAACCAAUACAUGGAAGUGGACAAGGAAUGGAUUGAGAAUGGACAAGGAGUAGACUGGGAAGAGCCAGUUGAUAAUUCUCAGAAUUUGGAACAACCAGAUCUAUGUACAGAUAACAUUAUUGAAAAUGAAUUAUUAGAAUCAGACUUUCAGUAUCAGUAUGAUACACCACUGAUUAAUAUUUCACAAGAGCAAGAUGAUCAACAACAGGAUAUUUCACAAGGAAUCGAAAUAUGUCCCACAGAUGUUGCGAAAGAACCAGAUGAGUCUGAAACACUAAAUUUACAAGCUGAUGUAUCAUUUCCAAUUGAUUCAACGGAUCAGGACAUUUUGCAGGAUGUAUCGCAAGAGAAAGAGGAACUUUUUGAAAAUUUACAAGUUCAAGAAAGUGCUUUAAAUUCUCAUGUUCAUGCAGAAAAUUCAAAUAGCAGUAAUUGUACAUUGACACAAACACCAUUAAUUGAUACACCAGUAAGUAAUGUCACAUUAGAUAAUCAAUUGCCAAGAAUGAAGGAAAAUUCUUUUCAGAGUGGUCCACCAAAACUGUCUCCACAUAUGGAGCAGGAGUUGCCCAUUGAUUUUGAUCCUACUACUCCACCGCCAAUAUUACUAAAACAAGAUCAAUCGUGUAUUUUACCUCCAUAUUCAAUUCCUGAUUUACCAUUAUUCGAUCCCACUGAACCACCACCAAAUAUGAAAUGUUUGCUCGGGACAAAAAUGCCUCAUGAAGACGCAAAUCCUCCAUGGAGUAAUGCUCAAAAUCCAAUACCUGCCGUCUAUAAUAAUAUGGAAGUUCACACGGGCUUAAAUACACAUGGAGGAUUUAUGCCUCAACAAUUACCAUUAGAAAUAGUCAAUCAAAGUAAUGUUUUUAUGCCAUCUCAUAUCGAUUCAGUAAAUUUUUCUCCAAUGUUUCCUAUGCUGCCCAGCAAUCCUGUUGUCAAUACACACGUUCCGUCAUUGCCUCAAGUACAUGCAGCGCCUCUUAAUACUUGUGUGUCUUCAUCUUCUUUACCAGAGCUCUCUUCGUCCUCUGAUUUGCAUUGCAGCAUAAACAAAGAUGAUGGUUUGAACGACAUGCAGGAAGCUAUGAGAUUUGCAAAAGAAAUGACAAGUAUAACAGGAAAGACAGACGAAGAAUCUAAAUCAAGUUCCAAAAGUUACAAAUUUCUUUCCAAAAGCAGUACUUCAAUUGAUCCUGCUAGCGAUGUAGAGUUUAUAGCACUGCCUCCAGGAAAGCCAAAAACCAAAAUCAAUAAGCAAAAAAAGAUAAAAGAAAGUGACACGAGUAGCAAGAAAAAAAUACCUGAGGAACAAAGUACAGCAGAUUAUCCACCAUUGGAAGAAACGAUACAAGAUGCAAAUGCGAAAUCUAAGGAUGCUGCCGCAUUAAUGAAUGAAUUAGAGCGUCCUAAAGUAGUAUUUAAUUUGAAUAAUAAAGCGAAAGUAGUAAAUACCAAGUCGUCGUGGAAAGAAAAUAACGAGAAAAAAAAUGGAAUGACACAUUCCAUAGAACCAGAAAAAACACCUGCAACAAAAAUACCUUCACUAGAACCAGAAAAACCACCCGCAGCAAAAACACCUUCCAUAGAACCAGAAAAAAUACCUGCAGCAAAAACAUCUUCUAUAGAACCAGAAAAAUCACCUAUAGCAAAAACACCUUCGAUAACUAAAAAGAAUUUAGAAAAUACGUUAUUAAAGCAUAAAAAAGAAGAAAAGAAUUUGAAGAAAAAAGAAAAUAAUUCUGAGAAUGCAAUAUCAUCCGAGAUUGAAAACCAAAAUAUUAUGUUGCAUCAUAAAAAACUACAAAAAGAUGUCCAUACAGAAAAAUCUCAACAUUCUAACGUUUCACUUCCGAAAGUCAACGUGCCAAAUUCGAGGAGCCAUGUGGAAAAGAAUGAGAAUUCUAAAAUGGAUGCUUCGUGGAAAAACAGGAUUAUUAGUCGAUUCUUAAAGAUGAGUAAAAACGAUAUCUACAACAUGGUGAAUAACACUAGUCUUCGAAAGUUCGAUAUUAUAAUGAAGCGUCUAGUCAAAGAAAAAAAGCCUACAUUAUCCUUGGAGAUGAGACGUGCGCAGGACGAAAAGAUGAAACUAUAUGAUCAGCAGGAAUUUAUGAAACAGUUAAAUGCGAUGUUAGACACCGAUGCUAUCGUGUCCAUUACGGAUCUACCUACAGAGUUUAUACAUCAUUUGAAUGAAGUACUACAAUUGGACGUGCAACCAGACAUUCAUGCCGAGCCCGCAGCAGCUUCGAGCAGUCAAUAUGGUCAUUUGGAAGAUACAAAUCGUACGUUGAAUCCCGUAACCCAAACCCCAGAAUGCACGAAUAAAACAACAAUAUUGAAUGAUGUUAGUCAGGAAUGUGUAAAAAGCAAAGGUCAUGCGGUAAAAACGGGAUCUAACAAAAAUGUACCGGCACAUAGUACUGUAAAUAAUGAUCUUGAUUUAAAAGAUGACACUUGUAAUCCUAUUGUAACUAACGUUUCUAAUGUUAAUAAUAGCUUGUUGACUCUACAACAUGAUUUGGAUGAUAUAUUUUCAGAAGUAACGAAGAAAAUUCAAACACCUGCAGCAGUAAAAGAACGUAAGCGUUGCAGUAUGGGGCAACAAAGUGCAAAGAAAUUCAAUGUUGGCGCGAUUUCGAGGAGCAUGGAGAAAGAAGCAUUCAUGGAAGAUGACAGAACACACAGAUUGGAGAAUAGCCCGCACUGGGACGAGAAGUGCGAUAGAUGGAAAAAAAAGGAACGAGAAGAUCCACAUGCAUAUAGAAAUCUUACCAAAGAAGAAUGGGAAGCAAGAUAUGGAAUGCAAACAGAUUUGACAGUCCGUAUUCCUUCCAAUAGUAUAGAUAGUCCAAAAAGGAUUGUUGUUACCAAGAGAGGACGCGGUUUAUUAAGUAGAGGACGUGGUAGAAAAGUUUAUCCACGACGUCGUUAUUCGUCUGAAUCUUCAAAGCAACAAUUAAAUACAAGGCACAGAAGUUUGGAAAAGGAAAAGUACAAAAAAUCUAGACGGCAUAGUGACGAUAGAAAACAUACCACAGAAUAUUUAGAAUAUGAUAUCAAUCAGGACAGUGACAGUAGUAGUGACAGCAGCACUAGUAGCAGUAGCAGCAGUAAUAGUAGUGAUAACACAAAUGUUACAAAGUUAUUGAGAGUGAUAAAAGAAAAUGAGAAGGUAGCCAAACAAAUGUCAUUGAACGAAGCGAUAAGAGACGAGGUAAAUGCCGAGAUUGAACGAGAGCGGAAAUCGAGAAAAUCGCGGAAGACUUAUAGAAGCUCCAAGAGCCGAAAGCAGAGAAAAGUACGUUACAAGAAAAAAAAGAGACAAAACAAGGAAAUGACGAGCUCCUCUGAUUCCUCCUCAGAAAAAGACGAUGAUGAUAACGAUGAAACGACUGAUAAAUUGCUGACGGAAAAGGAAAUUAAGAAGGAAGUCAUAGAAAAUCAGAUUAUACAAGAAGUUAUUGUUAAAGAGGAGCUAGACAUUAGUCAAGAAGAGAAUACCAGAGACGCUGAAUUUGUAAAUGCUUCGAAUCAUCUCAUGACUAUGGAAAAUAAGACAGCACAUUUCUUCUCUACAUCGCAGAAUAGAGUAGAAUCUCCUUUAGCACAGGAAAUUCCGUUGACAUCUAUUAAUACCACGCAACUACAUGUUGAAGAGAGAUUGCCGAUAGGUUCCCCUACGCAACUAAAAACUAAAGCGCAACUAAAGCAGAUGCCAGAAACAUCCGAUAUGAAUGAUAACAAAGUUCCCUUGAAUGUAUUUACUUGCUUACCGGCAAAUUGGAAUGCACCUAAUCCGGCGAGUUUCUCGGAAUGUACGGAAGAUUUAAAUAAAACCUGUGAAACACCUGACGCUGGCUGCAGUCAAGAUAAGACUAUUUUAUCGACAAAUGACAAUGUAAUAGAGCAAAGCAGUAUCGCACAUGUAUCGGCAUGUAGCAGCGAAGUUAAUGAAAAUGCGAUAUUGCAACCAUCGGACGCAACAGCACAUACUCCUACUGAAUCGUCUAUCAAAAUACAAGACAUUAAAUCAGAAGAUAAAAUCUCAGCUACUGAUAACGAUACGUCAAAGGCAUCAACGGCUGCUACAUCACCAUCCUUGGUAUCAAGUAUCCCGCCUGCGAGUACUGCGAGUCCAAAGCAAGGUGGCAGCAAAAAGAUCAACAUAAAGACGUACUACGAGCGCACCGUACAACGUCGUAUGAAUGAGAAAUUGGAAUCGAAGAAGCCUGCAGAAAAUCCUACGACAUCAACACAAAAUUUAAUUACACCGAAAAGCACAGAGCCAGAAAUUCCAGUAAAUAAAUUUACAUUAACAUGUACAUCCAGCAGCUCCAUUCUAGAUCCACGAUUAGCACCGAAACGUUCUGAAGAAAAUUCAAAUCAUACCGUCAAUAAUGAUAGCGUCGUUCAAAAAAGUAAUCAGAUUAAAUCAAAAGAUAAAGUAUCGCUUGCUACUAGCAGUGUCACUGUAUUGCCCGUUGUAACGACAUCUAAAACUGAAGCGUCUAAAACAAAGAAAUGCUCAGAAGUUAAGAACACUGCAACAGAUAAGACAUCACAAAGUAAAGUUGCAUCUGAUCCUAAACGAUUUAAAAAUAUUCGAUCGGAAGGUAGUAAAGAGUUGAAGCUGAAGAAAGAAAUGGCAAAAGAACAAAAAGCAAAAAAGAAGUCUGCGACACCAUCAAAAUCUGAUAAUUUAAUUUCAACAAAAAUAUUUUUUCCUUUGGAAAAGACAACAAGUACAGAGGAGAAAGAAAAAAAGAUCAAUAACAUGAAUGACAUAAACAAAGUAAAAAUUAAAGGAACACAGUCCAUAAGUUCUCAAAAUAAGGUAACUACCAAUGUGAAAACGUCAACAAUAUCCUCUGGCAAUGCUAAUAACGAUGGUAACGGAUGCAGUAACGAAUUACCGCAUAAUACUAUUAAGAAAGAAUGUUCUUUGAAUUUGGAAGGUCGGGAACGAGGAAACACUGAAAAAGUUACAAGUAACAUUGAAAGCACUGAUACGCGCGAACAUUCUUCUAAGACGACGCGAGAUGAAACUCAUAAUAUAAAGCGUACAAAGAAUACAGCAAGUGUUAAGAGUGCGGAUAAAAAAGGCCAUAAAAAAAUUCGUAACAUCGCUCCUGAACCCGAUAUAUCGACAGCUUCUAAAAUUGCUUUGAAAGUCAGUGAAAGUAAAAUCUCAAAUAGCAUAGAAAAAAUAAACAAGGAUAUCUCGACUGAGAUUCAACAAUCUGAUACAAUCAAAAACAUGAAACUUUCAUUGAAUAACACGGACGAAAGUCAAAUCAAAAAAUCAGAUCGAGAUUUAACGAAGAGCACAAUUAAUCGUGAUAGCAGUAUUACCGAAUUGAAUGCGGUAUCUCAAGUAGAUAGUAUCGAUAAACAAAGUAAAAAAAGUUUGUUAGUAAAUAUCGAAACUAGCAGCACUAAGGAAAACGAUAUGAAAUUAAAUAUCCUUGACGCUACAAAUAAAUCUGCGAGUGCGAAUAAGGAUUCGCACUCUACGGGUAAGAAGACCGCUGAUUCGUCAUCAACUUCGAACGAAAACUCUCAGGAACGGCAAAGCAUGGAGAACAACGCUAUUUCUUCUGACAGCGUAGGUAGUCCGUUUAAAGGCUUUCUUCAGGAAACUAUGAUGGACUUCGAGCAGCCUAACUUAUUCGACGUGAAUUAUGUGACAAAUGCAGAUUGCAAGGAUAUUAAGAUCGGAGGACGACAGGAUUACGAAACGCUAGAACCUGGUACUGAUUACGCUAACGAUACGAAUAUUAACGCCAACGAGAAUUUUAAUAUCGCUUUUGGUGACAAUUUACUUUCUUCAGAUAAAGAAUGCGUGACGAAUGAGAAGAGCGAUAAAUCCGAUUUGACGACAGAUGAAACUGGAGAAGGGCAUGUAAGAAAAUCUUCAAGCGAGAUAGUUACGACCAUGUUACACGAUGACGUCAACGAUAUAAACAUCAGUAGAGGUAACGAGACGGACAGACAGUUGACCAUAAACAAGGAAGGAUACACAUCUUGCGCGGGAUUAGUGAUUAAAGAAUCUAUGUUAUUAGAUAACGAGGAAGAAAUUAUUCAGAGCGAAGCUCGAUCGAAGGAUUUGAUAAGUAAAUUGAAAACUACUACCGAUCCCAGUUUAUCUGAUGCGUUAGAGGCAACGAUCUCGGAUGACGCAUUGAGAUUGCCGGAUUGUCAAAGAGAUUGCGCGGAACAUCUCGAUAAUCAUAUUUACUUAGAAACUAAUAUAUCCGCAGAGAAAGCACCCUGCGACAAAUUGCCGGGCUUCGAUUCCGACGAGCAUUUAGAUAACGAUAUAUUCUAUAUGGAUGAUCGUUUGCAAAGCACUGCUACGUUCGACACCAAGGACGACGAAUGCGUGCAUUUUUCUGUUGAUCAACAGCAAAGCUCAGGAUUCGAUAUCAUGCCCGCGGUGAUUCAGGAAACGACAAUGAUUACGUCGUGCGCAGAUUUAUCGCGCAGCGAGGUAUCGAAAUCGGAGGGAUGUAAAUUCGAUAUGAAGCACAUAUCAUCAACGGAAAACAAUUUGCUCGCGGGACCAUCACCGUUGGAAUGUUCGCCGACCGAUUCGCCGAGGACUUUAAAUGUUCCGACGAAAGCUGCCUUGAAGGAGGCCGCGAAUCUCUUUUUGAAAUCUUUAAGUAAUGUACCGACGGCAACUAAAGAAGUAGCACUUGAAAUAUUAGACAAAGCACAGCAGAGCGGAGAAACGGAUAUAAAUUAUCAAACGCCGACUUGGCGUGUGGAGGAACAAAACAAUAUAAAACCGAGCACGCCAGAAAUUGAUAACAAUACGACUACCGCGCAAAAUACUCACAACAAUAUGACUGCGCAGGUUAGCCUAAACGUAAACAAAAUACCGGCGCACAAUGGCACACGUGGUGGUGAAUUAGUUGAAUCGGUCCAUAAAGAUAUUGGUAUUAAUGCUAACCACGAUAAGUCCACAGUAUCUCCGACUAACGUCGAGAAACGUCUUCACAGUAAUAUACAACGUAAACCGGUUGUCGAAUUGUUAAAGAUGAAAGAAUUGGAUAAACUGUUGGGAAAGAGGAGCCAGGAAAAUUCUGAGAAGGUAAAAGAGAAAAUUCAUGAAGAAAGGAGAAGCCAAGAAACUUCCGCGAAAAUGAGAGAGAAACAUUAUGAAGAUCAGAAAAAACGUAAUGAUUCAGUUUUAUAUAGGUUAAAAGAUAAACGGCAAAUGAAGUAUCGAUCUAAAGAAGAGCUGAGGAAAAACAGUUUGGUGAAGAGACUUAAGAAAAUGAAACGAUCUGGAAAAAUCGUCGGUAACACGAAGGAAGCUGUUUUGGCUAGAAUGUUGGAAAUUGAUCUCGAGAUUCACAAGCUAGUGACGGAAAAAUUAAAGUUGCACGAAUUAUUACGAAGUAAUGUUCCGUCGAGUGAAAAAUCCAUGACAAAUGACAGUGUAGUGUUAAGAACGGCAGAAAACAAUACAAUCCCCAAUCAGUCUAAGAUACCGUCAACGUCACAGAAUAGUGAAAUAAAUCAUGCUAAGCAAGACAAACACGUGUCUCUGUCAAAGUCGUCGAAGCUGAUUAAGGGCAGAAAGAGAACUUUGUCCUCGCAAGAUAACGAGAGUACGAGUUACACGCCUAGGUCGAAAACGCCGGUGAUUAGAUGGAAAAAGAAGCCACGACUAGAACGGACAGCCAGACAGGAGAAAGUCGAAGGAAAAGAAGAAGAAGAGGGUCUUAACAAAGUGACAAAGGAGCAGGUUCCGACUUCCGUGAGUAAAAAAAUAGAAAAUGGUAUUAUUGAUACAUCUGCAAAUUUUCAAAAAUCGAACGCCGUAAAAAAUAAUAAAGUGCGAAAGGACAAAACCGCUAGAAAGAAGACUGACAAGGAGACUAAUAUCAGUUCGAAACGCUCGAUCGAUUCAGAUAAAAGCACAACGGAUAAAAGUGCGGAUGAGCGUUCAGAAUGUCGAGACUCUACCGAAGGCGAGACCGAACGUGCAAAACAUUUUGAUACUGAUAAGUCAAAUGAUAUUUCGCCACGGAGUGAAGUGGCGAAGGUAAAUUCUCAGCCGUCGAACAAGCAUGUGCACAGCACUCCGGAAUCCUUGUCUAUAUAUACUGACGAUAGCACGUGGGAUUCUCUGGUGCAAAAUACCGCGUCGGAGAUACAUAAGAAAACAUCGGGUCUCGCUUUGCUAAACGAGACGCUUAAGAAAGAGUUAGCUAUGUCGCAGAGGAUGAAAUCGAUCGUACAAAAAAAAAAGAAGGAGCAGCUGGACAACAUCUUGAGGACGGUUAAUAAUCUAACGGGUGAGGAAGAGAAUUUGCCUCUGGGCCAGUUAUACAUCAAGAAGCUACAGCAAAAACGAGACUUGCUUGACACGCUCACUCAGAGGAAAGAAAAUCUCGUUGAAUCAGACAUCUUAAAGAACAUAAACGAGACGAUAAACACUGUAGCGGAGAACAAAGAAGAAAAUCUUUUUGAACCUCAAUCGGAAGCGCGAGCUUCUACUCCAUCAAUGUCCAACGUCUCUUCAGUAUUGCAGUCCGAUAAACAUCAAAUUCUCGUUGACGCUGAAGCGAACGCCAAUUCGGAUUGGCCUUGUCGAGAGAAAGAAAAUACAGAAGAGGUUGCAUUGCAGCAAGACAGUAAUGACGUACCUGAUGGAUCGAAUCAUGUUUUUAAAGCCGUGAGUCAGGACAAAGUUCUUUUCUACAGUGAACGUAACGUGGAGCCUGACAGUAGCAUUACUCCUGAAGAAACUCAAGCGGAAAGUCAUUCCUCAGAUUGCGAACGUGAUCGUGUGAAGAAUUCCAAUGAUGUUGUUUCGCGUAACUUUGAUAUUAAAGUAUCCGUGCCCAAAACUUUAAUAAAAAAUGAUUUCAGCCUGGGAUUGUUGCAGAAAAAUAAAGAUACGGAAGACAGCACGGAAGUCGUAGGCACUGAUUUGGUCGAUUCUACAACUAACGCAUUUUCGGCUCAAAUUAAGAAAUUGAAAGAGAAGGAUAAGAAUUCUACAACAAACGCAUUUUUAACUCAAACUGAGAGAUUGGAUGAGAAGGAUAAGAAUUCUACAACAAACGCAUUUUCGGCUCACACUGACAGAUUGGAAGAGAAUGAUAAGGAUUCUACAACAAAUGCAUUUUUCGCUCACACUGAGAGAUUGGAAGAGAAGGAUAAGGAUUCUACAACAAACGCAUCUUCGGCUCACAUCGAGAAAUUGGAAGAGAAUGAAAAUUCACAAAGUACCUCGCAAGCUGAUAAUUUGACCGUGGAGAAAGAUAAGGAGGAUGAAAAAGAUGAAGCGAAAGAUAAACAUAUGGUGAACGCAAAUGAAAAGGAAGAAGUGAUCGAUAGCGCAAGUAAUACACUAUCUGUGCCGCAAUUGGUCACUGCGAACUCCAAUGUCACUGAGAACGAGCGAUCUAAUGACAGCGUUGAAUCUAACGACAAGAUAGCAAUAAUAGAUACAGAGCGUGACUCAAAUGUCUUGGAAAAAACAGAUACGAAACAGAAAAAACUAGAUGCUGAAUCCGAGAGGUUCUCGAAUAACACGAUUGUUGUGAAACAAGAUUGUCAAAACGUCGAGGAUACCACUAAAGCCGCCAAAGAAGAAGAGAAAAAUAAUCCCGAAAAUAAAUCUAACACAUUUGAGAAAAUCCUGAAUAAUGAUCAAGGCAGUGGCAGUUCCGUUUCAAUUGAUCUAAUGAAUGAAAGAUCAGAAGAUGAAGUGUUCGUUGAACAAAUGUCCGGUUUGGAACACACGUCGACUUCUACCUUCUCGUCCAAUAAAGCAAAGAGCAAAGCUAUGAGCAAGAAGUUUCGUCGUAAACACGACACUUCAACACCGAUCCGAAGAAGCACCAGAAACUCCAAUGAACACAAGUCUAGUAAGAUGAAUGAAACCGAUACUAAUUCAAGCAGCAGCAGAUCUUCUUCACGAGAGACGAGUGUUUUUCACGAGAAUGAUUUAACAGCGCGAAGCAGAAGCAAAUCCCCAAUGUGGACAAAGCGUGAUGAAAGAGUCAUAAAUAAUGUCAGGAAGAAUCGUGUUUCACAGAAAGUGCAAAAUACGAAUACCCGGAAAAUUAGUACUGAAUCUGAAAUGAAAAUUGAAAAUCAGGCUAGUCAUCUCGAUACGAUUACAAAAUCUGCAGUUUUGAAGAACAGGACUGUAGCGAAGAAGAGGAAACAGCGCACAGAUUGGCAAAUGAAACACUGCAAAGUGAGAUUGAUCGACUGUAAAUCCAUUCUUUAUAAGUAUAUUAAUCCCAAAGUUCUGGACAGACUUGGAAUAAUUGUUAUCAAUUCUUCCGCACCGAGUGAUUCGUCGUGUAUGCAGCACACCAUAUGCGAUUACAAUGCGGCAAUAAUUCCUACUACAGCUUCGAGUAAAAGUUUCUUUGACCCAGCCAAAUCCUGUGAUAAAGAAAAAUCCGAGAUUGAAAUCUUAGAAGAGAAAUCAACCACGGAAAGUAGCGAGAAGGAUCUUAUUCAGGAAUCUGUUUCACAUACAGUAGAGAGCAACGAGGAUGAAUCUGCGAGAAUGCAAUACACGGUCCAUAAAGGCCCUAUUUUGGACAUAAAGAUUUUUGAAAAUUCUUUCCUAGCAGCAAGCGAAGACGGCAAAAUCUAUAGAUAUAGUCAAAAGUCUAAUGGAAUAUUGAAUAUAUAUAAAGGUCACAAAUCUGCUGUUACGUGUCUGUAUAUCUACAAGUCGUAUGACGCAGGAGUUGAGAAAAAUCUUAUGUAUUCUGGUUCCUUAGAUGGUACAUUGCGUUGUUACAAAAUAAUGACUGGCGCGUUAGUAGGAAAUCCGGCGCAAACAAAGAGUCCGAUUCAGUGCAUGGAUCAAGCAUGGGGUAUGAUCUUUAUUGGAACAAAAUCUGGACAUGUUUCGCGUUUCUAUAUCGAGGCUGGUGCUAUUAAAGAAGACAGUAUUCCGUUCUCAGAGAAAUCUGUACUUGCGCUUAAAGCAACAAACGAAGGCCCAAGAAGAAUACUCAUUAUAGCAUCUCGAAAUCAACCGAUAAAUAUACGCGAUGCAUUGACCGGUUUGCUUCUUCGUAUGAUUAGUGGCCAGAAUAAUUCUACUGUUUAUAGUUUAUUGCGACAUAAUAAUUUGAUCUAUUGUGGUACAAGCAGCACAUCUAUAAACGUUUUCGAUUUCACGAUGGGUAAACAAGUAACUCAAUACGAGGCUGGUGUUGGUAUUGUAUGUAUGCGACUUUAUAGGCAACUACUCUUCGCGGGCUGUUACGACGGCAAUAUUUAUGUUUUUGACAUAAAUAAUCACAAAUUAAUACAUAGCAUACGCGGUCCAGGGAAUAUGUUAUUGAGUAUAGAAGUUGUAAAUAAUAAGAUUAUAGCGGGAAGUAAAGACAAGCGUUUGCAUAUGUGGCAAAUGCCAACUCAAGUGCGUGCCUUACUUUGAACAAUGUCGUAGCAUGCUCAGGAAUUCUCUACUUUAAACAUAAUUAAGUGAUCAGUUAACAACUCACAAUUGAUCGGAUAAUAUUAUAUAAAUAUAUAGAGCGAGAAACUUGUGACACUGAGUUACGACUUAAUAAUAUACAUCCAUAUAUUUUCUAACUUUUUCACUAUAAAUAGUAUUAUAUUAUCAUUACAUUUCCCGCGAGUCGCUUUUAUUUAUAUCAUAUAUUUGAUAAGUACAUACUAGAUAAAGCACAAGAUGCUAAAUAAAAUAAUUUUAUUUAUAGUUAUUACAGUACUAUAUGACAGUAUGUAAAAGCUAUUUAUAGUGAAAAA